AUGCCAUACUUCAGGAUUCAGACUGAGCUUUCUGAACAUGACGAAUGCAUCAUCCGCGGCACACACCGUGUUGUGGUCCCGAGAAAUGUUCAGCCCAAGCUCAUUCAAAUUGCCCAUGAUACACACCAAGGAAUUGUACGUACGAAACAGAGGCUGAGGGAGCUCUACUGGUGGCCAGGCAUGGACGCUGACGUACAAGCUGCCAUCAAGUCCUGCGUCACAUGUGCUCAGCAUGACAAGACUGCCGUUGUGAGAGCAUCUCCACUGAACCCGGUAAGACUCCCUGAUUCAGCAUGGGAAAAGCUUGCAAUAGACAUUGUUGGUCCUUACCACCGUGCUCCUCCUGAUUGUCGUUACGCCAUAACCUUAGUUGAUUACUAUAGCAAGUGGCCAGAGGUUGCAUUCACUUCUGAGGUGACGUCUGCUACAGUCAUUAAGUUCCUGUCUACUGUUUUCAGCCGUGAAGGGAACCCGCUGGAGUUGGUGACAGACAAUGGGUCAGCUUUUGUCUCAGCUGAAUUUGAUGCAUUCCUUGCCAGCCGAGACAUCAAACACUGCCGCAGUGCAGUCUACUAUCCACAAUGCAAUGGAGAGGUUGAAAGGUUGAAAGUUAAGAGGAAACGGAUGCAGGCGAUGGAAGGUUAUACACGCAGAAAGAAAAUAUGUGAAGACAUUGACAUGGAAUACAUGGAAUACAUGGAUGAACUGGAUCAAGAGUGUAAGGCUCUUCGUACUGAAAAUAUUAAAAUCAAGGAGGAUAUUGCCAGACUUUCACUACAGGAGGACACAUUCAGGGCCAAUGAGGACAAGGUCUUUUCCUGCUAUGUUCAACAGGCAAACAGGGAGAAGGAGAUUCCCAGCUGCCACCAGAAUGCCAAAAACUGGAACCGGAUUACUGCUCUCAUGUUAUUGGUUUAUUCCACCAUGUUGACCGGCUGCGAGGGAAAGAUCACUUGUCCUCCUGUACGAGUCAGACCCAGCAGUGGCAUCGGCCGAGAGGCAAGCGGAUACAAAGUGGCCAACCCAUCACCUCUGUUACUAAUGUUCCAUGUUGUCGAGUUUUUAGUGUCCAAAGAGGUGGAGGUCAUUCACUCAAACUGGCUCAGUGGAGGCCAAUGUUUCUGGCCCCCGUUUGUGUCUCUUGCAAAGGCCCAUAAAGCAGUGAAGGAUGGGAUGAUGCCAGGUGCCAAUUGGACUCAAUAUUCUGUCCGAGUGAUGUAUUCACAUGAUGUGUAUGAGAGUGCGUGUGCGAAGCUGCUAGACGCUACGGUGACCUCUGAUCUUAACACAGAAGACGAAGACAGCAGGCCGGCAUAUAUGAAGAGAAAGAACAGAGGCUGUAAAAGAAUUAGCAGCAGUGAAGAGGAGGAGGAGGAGGAAGAGGAGCAGGGCAGGACUGCUGCACCUCGUGCCCCAACCAAAAAGAAAUCCUACGCUACGCUUGCAGCAGCCCCCUGCAUUCCAUCUUUUGGUGAUGAAUGGAGUCAGUCGGCAGGUUGUUGGUCCACCUUUGCAAGCAGCUCAGCAGCUGGUCCGUGUGCUUCUCACUCAUCGAGCAUCACAGCCAUGACUCCACCACCGAUCAACAGCCCGGUAGCCGGUCAUUGUCAAGGGGCUGCUGCUGGCAGGAGUCAGUUACCAGGCCCAACUAGAUAUCAACACACUCCACCAGCACAUGGCACAUGGUCUGUCGAGGAGGCUGUGCCUACAAGUCAGCAUUCUGGUGGUGGACUAAUGGCUGUGAUGCUCAACAGCCCGGUAGCUGGUCAUAGUCAGGGGCUUGGGGCUGCUGACACCCCAACCCAUGCAGCAGCUGGCAGGAGUCAACACACUCCACCAGCACAUGGCACAGCAAACAGGUCGCAGGAGACUUUGCCUACAGCAAUUGCCAAGGAGAUCCUUGUUCGACUAGACUCCAUCAGGGAGCAGCAGUUGCUCAUCCUCGCGCAGCUCCAGAAAAUAUCGAGCGGUCAGGCAAUUACAGAGGUCAUGCCAGACCCAACACAUUUUGGGCUCCCUCUUUCAACUAUCGAGGAGCUGCAACGUUUGGAGGAAACAUUGAAUGAUCCAGAUGAGAAGAAGAACUUGACUAUACUCCUUGGAAUGGUUGGAGGCAUGUCUCUGAAAGACACUGUGGGGCGGGUCAUGAAGAGGAUCAUGAACACUUUGCUGGCAAAAACAAUGAAUUGGAGUGGGGCCAAUCAAAAGCCUGCCUUCAAAAGGCUAAUUUUGAAAAGUGUGGUUCUGGAUGCUGUCCGCCGGAAUGCCCUUACGAAGGAGUCCUCUGAAAAGGAGAUCGAGGUCCUUAUCACCAGAUGGCUGCAGCUUGCCUCAGACAGGGAUGGGGGACGAAGCCAGAGGGCAAACAGGCAGACAAUUUAG